CUGGUUCAAUCAUAGAUAAUAUGGUUAUAUACAAGAAAACCUUUACAUAUAUUCCACCAACACCACCUUCAGAACUCAUCGAUUCUACUAAUUAUAUGUUAAACUUCGUGAAACGUAAGUUUAUACAUAUUGGGAUUGAUCCUAGUGAUAUGUUCAGAGUGGUAGUGCAUAUAAUAACUCCAUCACGUUAUGUUCAUAUUUCAACCAAGUUUCUAAAGCAGAUAUUUUCACUGAUGGGUAAUAUCCUAUCAUUUAUUCUAGAGCAACCGGGGAAAUAUAAAAGAACUAUAUUUCUCGAGACAGAGAAUUUCAAAUUAUCUAGUAUGAUGUAUAGCGGUGAAAACAACUUAGUAAUAGAGUCUAAGAUACAUGAUGGAUGUCGAAUUCUUUUAAAUCGUGCAGAACUCAUAAGACUACAAUAUCUAGAAUGGUGUAUUUUUGAAACAGUUAUACGAAAAUCAGCUAUUACGCGACCAAUCGUCUUAAAACAAUUUGAAAUAUUUACCGAGUAUCUCGAUAGAGAACUUAGCAAAAUGGAAUCGUCACCAAAAACGAGUGAAGAAAUGAUUAUAUUUAUUAAAAAUAUACGUGACGAACAUAUUAUCACAAACAGUCCUAAACAUGAAGUUAAUUUCAUCACUCAACUCAAAAUGUUUGCAUGCACACAAUUAGCAGAACAUUCAAUACAACGAUGGAAUAGGGAAAUGUCACCAGAGGUUUGGUUACUGUCCCCUCUAUGUAGAUGUAACUUUCACACGAAAGGGCAGAUGUUGAAUAAGGKWGRAAAGAAUGAUAAUCAAUUUGAGUUAUCCUACAAUCAUCAACAUAUCCAGCUGAUAUGUUCAAAUACAUAUCAUCCAUAUUAA